CGACCAUCUCUUGUCUGUUACUAUACAUUAGUUUAUUGCUGGUGGGAUCAUCGCACCGUGAAUGCCUAAUGCUCUGCUCCUGAUGCCUCGACACUUAAUUUCUGGUGUUUUCUUGUGUAUGUAUACCUUCCACCUUCCUCCAUUGUCACUACAGAAAGCCAAUAUAUUCUAAGCACCGGGAGGGAUGUUUAUGGAACUUAACAGUGACGAGGGGUAGCUUUGUGCCUGCUUCCAGCAAAUCUGGACACUUGUUUCCGAAGGAAAAAAAAAAAUAGGAUAGGAAUACAAGAGACAGUUUGGCUUCUGCUGAAAUAAGCUCUCGCCGUUCUCUGCAAGCAGUAAAAGCAAUACAGGCAGAAGAUUGCUGUUAAGCAUGCCUAAUUUCUAGUGAGAAAAGCAUUACAAUCAAGAACACCAACUGAGCAAGAGGCUUGGAUCUGUUAUAAACUAGCAAUUUCUCAAGAAAAUUGCACAAAGCUGUGUUUUUUUCUCUCUUUUUUUUUUUUUGUAAGAAAUGGGAGGAGAGAAGAGGAGGAGGAUGAUUUGAUUAGAGAACGUGCAGGAAAGAAGAUUGCCUCCUGAUGCUGUUUCACAUGCAGUGCUUCUUGGUGCUUGAAAUCACAGAGGAUCAAGGAGCAUGGACUUGCAGGGAUGCAAGAGAGCAUCAGUUCAAGGCUACUGAAUCGGAUGUUUUAGCUUUUGUUUACCUGAUGCCUGUGACCAUGCCAAUGCCAGAGAAAAGCCAGCCUCCCCAUUCUUUUCCUCCUCCUACUCCUUCCUCCUCUGUUUAACCAUCUUCUUCAUCCUGAUUUUUCAGCUCAUUCGCAAAAGAGAAGCAGGCAUUGUCUGGUGUGUGGGUGGCACUGAGGAGCCAAGCUAAGCCCCCUUUCUGAGCUUUGCCCUGCCACCAAGCAUAGAUACCAGUUUCUUCAGUGGAAGAGGUGAGAGAAAGCUGCUAAAGAAGUUGGGAUUGGAACAUACCAACACUUUAGCUUUGUUUCUUUCUUUUACCUAUAUGUAUGUAUAAAUAGAUAUAUACUUACAUAUACUGCAUGGGUAUCUAACAUGUAAUACAUCUCCUGAUAAAGGAGAGCUCUGUUAGUUGACACAGUCCAUUUUUCUCAUCAUCCACUUCACCACUGGUUGUCUAAAGUGAUCCAGCACAGGGAGGAGAGGGAUGCUCGGCUCUCGCCAGAGGGGCUGAGCCCCCUGGUUUGCUACUUUGUGUCCUCCACAGACUGUUUAUCUGGCUUUCUCAAGCCUGGUGGGGUGUCCCACCACAACUUAUUGCCAGCCCCUCCCUCUCUGAGGUUCCUAACCCGGUAAGGGUGUGCGGGAGGUGGCAUGGCAGCAGCUAUCGCAAGUGGACUGAUCCGUCAAAAGCGCCAGGCAAGGGAGCAACACUUGGACCGACCUUCGGCCAGCAAGAGGCGCAGCAGUCCCAGCAAAAACCGAGGCCUGUGUAAUGGCAAUCUGGUGGAUAUCUUCUCCAAAGUGCGAAUCUUUGGCCUCAGGAAACGAAGGCUCCGGAGGCAAGAUCCCCAGCUCAAGGGCAUAGUGACCAGGUUAUAUUGCAGGCAAGGAUACUACUUGCAAAUGCACCCAGAUGGAACUCUCGAUGGAACCAAGGAUGACAGCAGCAACUCUACAUUGUUCAACCUCAUACCAGUGGGUCUUCGUGUUGUUGCAAUCCAAGGCGUAAAAACGGGGUUAUAUAUUGCAAUGAAUGGAGAAGGUUUCCUGUACACAUCAGAACUUUUUACUUUGGAAUGCAAGUUCAAGGAGUCUGUGUUCGAAAACUAUUAUGUCAUAUACUCAUCUAUGAUAUACAGACAGCAAGAAUCAGGUAGAGCAUGGUUCUUAGGUCUCAAUAAAGAAGGUCAAGUCAUGAAAGGAAACAGAGUCAAGAAAACAAAACCAGCAGCCCAUUUUCUACCUAAGCCAUUGGAAGUUGCCAUGUACAGAGAGCCGUCAUUGCAUGAUGUGGGAGAGACAGUGCCAAAGGCCCGUGCGACACCGAGUAAAAGCACAAGUGCAUCUGCAAUAAUGAACGGGGGUAAACCAGUCACUAAGAGUAAGACAUCAUAGCCAGACCCUCAAGGAUGUUGUGACUCACUGAGCCCUUGGCACACUUGAGCAUUUUAUCCCCACCAGACUGUCCAAACUCCAGUGUUUGUAUUAAAAGGAAUAUAAAAAUAAAAUAAAAAAAAAGUAGAUACGCACUGGCUCUUUGCUGUUCCAGAACCAAUAUGUUGAAGAUGGAUAAAACUCAGUGUGUAUCUCCUCCCUUCACAAGAAGACACCUGGGGAACCAGCUAAACUCAGACCAUGGAAUGCCCUACCAGAUAUGGAAUGCCUUUUUAAUAUCUUAUCCGUGACUGUGACACUUCAUGUGAAUGACAUACUUCACAAGUACACUUGAUACCUUGCCUGCUGACAAUGACCCUUUCCCCCCUUUUGAGUCCAAUUACAGCGAAAUCCAUGUGUUUAAGUUCUAUUUUGUAGCACACAAAUAUUAAGUAAUUUAUAGUUAGACGCUGUAAACUGCGCUAUAAAGGAUUUCUCUAACCUUUUUUACAAGGCUGCUUGCACCACUGUCUGUGACCUUUUUGCAGGGAUUGCGUUCCUCUAGAACUUGAAUGUUUCAGGUGGUUUAGUUUAUGAAAGCAAUCAGGGAAUCAGGAAGCCUUCAAAUCGUUACUCUCUAAACACUUUUAUUCAAACAGGACUUAAAUACUGGUCAAGUUUGACAGCAGAUGUUGUGCUUCAGAAGUUGGUGAUAAAUACUAGAGGGAUAUAUGUCAAACACGCCCAGUGAGAAAUAGGCUGAGACUAGUGUUUGAUACACCCUAUUCUUUCCUUUUUGUGUGUUUUAUACAUAUCACAGGCUUACUGGUAAUGGUGACAUUUGCCUUACCCAGCAAGCAAGACCCACAUGCUUUUUAAUAUGGUGGGUCCAUAGAAUUCUGUAGGCCUUGUAGGCCUGAAUAAAGGCUCAUUUUUCAUCUAUAAUUCCUCAUAUUUAAAAGUAUCAACAUAGCGAGCAACUGUUAUUCUAGCUACAGUUAUUCAAAAGAGAAAAACGAUGUUUUAUUUUUAUUUUACCAAGUUCAAGUGCACCCAUUGUCAGCUCAGGAAGGAGGUCGCCACUUUGUGGCCUAAAUAAAUACUUGUGAGAAUACUGAUGAUUCUUCCAAUAUAUUAAAAACAGACCAAUACCACUAUUAGUAAAUUGGUCAUUCAAGUAGCUUUCAAGCUUGCAAAAAGGCUGCCUCCAUUUUGAGAUCAUAAUUUCAUCUCUGGCAGUUCCUGCAAAUGAGUUUUGCUAAGCAUGGGCACAUUGUUUGCUGUGUUCCCUUUUGUUUGCAACAGCAAUGCAAGUAGUAUCUGAACACCAUGUUUUAAUAUGUUCCUAUUUGCUAAAAAACAGAGACGCAAACACAAUAUUUUAGGUAAGCAUGCAGAGUCCAGUAGUAUUAAUUUCCACACUAAAUUCUGCAUUGUCCUAACAUGAUAUCUUCAGGAACCAGAAUUUACAUGUUAAAGGUGCCUUGCUUAGGUUGUGGCAUAUUUUACACAAAUCCACUUUAUGUGGAACCGGAACUUUCAAGCGAAUCAGAAAUCAUUAGGUGCCUAUUGUAUGCCUGUCAUGUGAUUAGGUUUUCACAUGCAACAGUUACUAAUUCCAACAAGUUGUCCAUCCAUUGUAUACAAGAUACAGUGAGAUCAUUCUGUAAACAUGCAUAGAGAAGGUACGCUUCCUUGAGUAAUCCUUACCAGAUUAAAAUAACUGUCCGCAGGGGCAUCUUAAGUGGAAAAAAUAUAACCUUUAGUUGGCUGUUUUAGUUGGCAGAAACGGGUACCUCUGUUUUUUUUUUCCGCUUUUGCACAGUGUCUGUUAAAACGUAUUGCUUCUUUUAAUCCACACUGUUUUACAACUGUUUAUGGGAUCAACAUGUUUGCUUAUGAAGCAUUUACUGCAACAGUUUAUUUCUGGAAUCUAUUUACAAUGAUUUAAAUGUGAGCUGCUUUGACUGUUGAGAACAUUUGCUGCUAAGCCACAUUCACUGCUCAUAGUUAUCACUCACAUCUUUGCUAUGUCAAACAGCUAUUGCUUGUCCCUCUCAUGACAGUGAAGCACAUUAGCAGACAUUCCCUACUAUGUUCUACAAAGUGAGAAAUUAGCCAAUGUAUAGUAAUUAAAAUUGCACAACAGAUUUCAUUAUAACCUGUGUGGGGCUGGAGUCCCAACUUCAGGUACAGAGUCCCAAUCCAUUGUCAUAACAGUCUACAUACAGGGCUGUGUGCCCAGCGAACCAGUUGACUGGUCAAAAUUAAGGCUGGAUUUAUUUUUGUAAAUGAUGUUAUGUAUGUGUUAUAUAAUCUUUGUUUCUUCUAUGUUUCUACAACUUGUGUAAGAGUUUUUCUUUUUUUGAAUGGCUGUUUUAAGGGAUUUUUUUUUCUUUUAUUAUGUUGACGAAUAUGACAGUAAUAUUUGUUGUCUGUGUGUUUCUUCGCUUAAGUUCUUUUAGUUUGUUGUCUCAUCUGUUGCAUGGGAAGAGGGUGGCGAUGAUCUGCAUGUAGUAAGCUAUGUGUAUCAAGAAAUGUUGGUAUGUAUUACUAAAUUGACAUACAUACAGUAUAUGCAAAGCGUUUGUCUGCAUUGUACAGUUUGUGUUUAAUAUUAUUUGUCGUACACACAAUUGCAACAUAUUAAAAAAAAUGGUUUUUACAAGUAAAAAAUAUAAACCAUUCACCAAUUUUCAUACAAUACAACAUUAAAAAAGGGCUUGCACUGGACACUGUUAAAAGUAAGCUACAGGCAAGUCAUAUAUAGUGCUAGAUAUUGUUCCCUAAGAUAUAGAGUACCAUAUAAUGUUCCCCAAAACAUACCAAAGAGUGUUCUAACCUAGUGUUCACCUCUUAUGUGUUAAGGAGAAUAUGUCAGUGCAGUUAAUAAAAAAAAAAAUUCUAAAUCAAAAGGAAAAAAAAUACAAUCAACUACAAAAUGUGUUGUGUCUAAAGUGUUAAAUAGUAAAACUGUUCAUUUUACAAUUGCAAAUAUUAGCUUAUAUUCUUCCAAAUAUGCAUGUAGGUGCACAUGUUACAUCCCCAGAAUGCACAUACUUUUUCAUAUAUAAUGGUUUCUGACUAUUGUUUAAAAAAAAUCAGCGCAACAAGGACCUCCUUUUCCUUGCAAAACAUUUAUAAAUGGCUUAUUGGUUAUAGAGAGGAUGAAUAACCAUUUGUACAACCUUGGUUUGGCGAUGUAAUCUAAAAGGAAUGUUAUAAUUAUACAUUAUUAUUUAUUUUCUUAUUAAAGUUUUUCUGAAAAAUUGUUCCA